GUGACUACUGGUUUUGGAGAUUAAUACACGGGUACAUGAGUUGAGUGCGUGUCGUCGAGAGCGCCGGACAUGGAUAGGGUUCAGUUCCAAGUAAACGGUGUUGACCAUACCGUUGGCUGUGAACUAAGUUCUAAUGUAACAUUGCUGGAGUACCUAAGGAGAUGGCUGGAACUGCGCGGUACGAAGUACAUGUGUCAGGAGGCUGGUUGUGGUGCGUGCAUCGUCAGCGUCGUAAAGUGCCCCGGAGGACCUGCAGAAAGUGUUAAUGCCUGUAUGGUAUUGAUAACGUCAUGUCACGGCUGGGAGAUUACAACUAUAGAGAAGGUGGGCAACAGGCUAGAAGGUUACCACCCACUACAGAAGGCCCUCUAUGAGAAUAAUGGCACUCAGUGUGGAUACUGCAGCCCUGGCUGGGUCAUGGCGAUGUAUAGCCUCCUUAAGAAGAAGAAAAUGACGAUGCUUGAAAUAGAAAAGUCGCUGGCCAGCAAUAUUUGUAGAUGUACUGGAUACAGACCCAUUUUGGAGGCGUUUAAGAAGUUUGCGUCUGAUUCCCCGGACCCUUACCUCAUUGCAGACAUUGAGGACCUUAGCAUUUGCAGCAAAACAGGAGAAGCUUGUUCCCAAACUUGCGAAGAUUAUGAGUGGUGUGUAGUCAACAAAGAAGACGUGAAAUAUCCCACUUUAUUACAUAUCAAACUCAGCGAUAACCGAGAUUGGUACAGAGUAGAAGACAUAACAGAUGUAUUCAAAAUUCUUAAUUUGUACAGAACUGAUUCUUACAUGUUAAUAGGAGGAAAUACUGCUAAAGGAGUUUAUCCAAUACUGGAGUAUCCCCGAGUGCUGAUAGACGUAUCGUCCGUAGCAGCACUAAAGGGCUACUAUUUGCAGCAGAACUUAGUUGUGGGAGCUGGAAACACCCUCACGGAGCUCGAUGAGAUAUUCAGCCAAAUGUCUCAGCACGAUGACUUUCGCUACCUUACAGUUCUGCAAGAGCAUCUCAAACUGGUUGCGCAUAUCCCGGUUAAAAAUAUCGGUACAAUUGCCGGAAAUUUGAUGAUUAAACAUAAACACAAGGAGUUUAAUUCAGAUAUUUUCCUUCUUUUUAAUACAAUCGGCGCUGAGAUUGGUGUUUUAAAUGGCCAUGGUAAUGCUACUAGGAUAAGCAUGGAAGAGUUUCUAAAUGCAGACGUGAGAGGAAAAGUGUUGCUCAAUGUUCUACUGCCACCACUUAACAGUGACUUUACAAAGAUUGUUACUUAUAAGAUAAUGCCUCGAUCUCAAAACGCUCACGCAGUUGUUCACGCCGGCUACCUCUAUAAAUUCGGUCCCCAGAAUAGGCUUUUGGAUUGUCGGAUCGCUUACGGUGGUCUCUCUACUGGCUUCCACCGAGCCUGUAGAACUGAAAAAUAUCUAAUCGGAAAAAACCUCUUUACUAAUGAAACUUUGCAGGGAUCUCUUAGUAUUCUUAAUCAGGAAAUGCUAGUAGUAGCAAACCCUCCGGAAAUGUCAGUUGAAUAUAGACGGAAGUUGGCUCUGGGUUUGUUCUAUAAGGGUCUGCUGUCAUUGUGUCCUGAAAGCAUUUUAGCUCCUCGUUACAAAUCAGGAGUGGUGAGACUACGAGAUUGGAGAACACUGUCUGACGGGAAGCAAAUUUUCGAGACAAAUCCCUCUUUAUGGCCACUUAACAAGCCCUCACCGAAAUUUGAUGGAUUGAUCCAAUGCGCCGGUGAAGCCUCCUACUCUGAAGACGUGCCGUCUCUGCCAAAAGAGGUGUUUGCUUCGUUUGUGCUUUCCACUGUCGCCCUCGGGACUAUUCAACAUAUUGACGCUACUGAAGCAUUGAAAGAACCUGGUGUCGUUGCCUUUUAUACAGCAUCCGAUAUUCCGGGUCAAAACAGUUUUACACCUGCUGGAACCCCGUUUUACAUGGCAGAUGAGGAAAUCCUUUGUGAAAAAGACGUGAAAUUCUACAACCAACCUCUUGGCAUCAUUGUUGCUGAAACACAAUAUAUAGCAGAGAGAGCAGCAUUGCUUGUUAAAGUGACUUACACGAAUGUAAGACUACCGCUCUUGGACAUAAAAGAAGCAAAAAAUGAUACUAGUAGAAUUCAAGAGUAUUUCACGUCUCCGGCUACGAACAGGGGAAAUAAUGUAGCUAAGGUAAUAAAGGGUGAAAUGUCGAUAUACGGACAAUAUCACUUUUGUAUGGAGACGUUGGCCUGCGUGUCGCAGCCUAUAGAGGAAGGCAUCAAAUUAUAUUCAACGACGCAGUGGUUGGAUGGCGUGCAGCGCAUGGUAUCAAGGGCAUUGAAGAUUCAGCAAAAUAAAAUAGAUGUGUUUCUACGACGGCUUGGAGGCGCCUACGGUAUGAAAAUAUCUCGAGCAGCCCAAGUAUCUAUUGCUUGUGCAUUGGUUACACACAAAUUAAAUAGACCAUGCCGAUUUAUUCAGUCACUCAAAAAUAAUAUGAGAUUCGUUGGAAAGAGAUUUCCAUGUUCUACAAAUUUCGAGGUUUCAGUCAACAGUGCCGGUCGUAUACAAUAUAACAAGUAUGAUCUUUUCGAAGAUAAUGGAUACAUUGUUGGUGAACCUAUAGCCAUUUUCAGCACAGAUGCUUUCAACAAUUGUUACGAUAAAUCAUCGUGGGAUUUUAAAUUAUACAAUGCUAUAACAGAUACGCCGUCUAAUACGUGGUGUAGAUCUCCCGGAACUUUAGAAUCCAUAGCAAUGGCGGAAUUAUUAAUGGAAAGAAUAUCGUAUGAGGCCAAUUUAGAUCCUGUUAACGUGCGUCUCGCUAACUUAGACAUACUAAAUCAUAACGAUAUAAGAGAACUAGUGAAUACAUUAAAAGCGAACUCACAGUACGAUGAACGGCGGCGAGCUGUUGACAAAUUUAAUGCUGAAAAUAGAUGGAAGAAAAGAGGACUUCGACAUUCAUUCUUAAGGUGGAGCCCCGCCGGGUCAAUAUCCCUUAGUAUAAAUAUUUCUGUGUACCCAGAAGAUGGGACGGUAAUUGUAACGCAUGGCGGUGUUGAAAUGGGCCAAGGUGUGAACACGAAGGCCGCCCAAAUUUGCGCCUAUCACCUUAAUAUACCAGUUGAAAAGGUACAAGUUAAACCUAACGAUACUACAAUAUCACCAAACUGUUUUAUUUCCGGAGGCAGCAUAACUUCUCAGUUUGUUGGAGUCGGUGUACAAAAGUGUUGUCAGAAACUAUUAAAGAGAUUAGAUCCAAUUAAGAAGAAGAUGGAAACUUCCAGUUGGGAGGAUAUUAUUAAAGCCGCUGCCACUGCAGAAAUCGAUCUGCAGGCACACUCUAAAACUGGAAUGGCAGACGUUCGGAAUUAUCAUAUUUAUGGCGUAACACUGGCCGAAGUGGAAAUUGAUGUUCUGACAGGAGAAUGGAAUAUAAUAAGAGUAGAUUUGAUAGAAGAUGUCGGCCGCAGCGUAAAUCCUGAGAUCGAUAUUGGUCAGGUAGAAGGUGCAUUCGUGAUGGGAUGUGGGUACUGGACGACUGAAGAGCUGGUUUUCUCUCCAACCGGGGAACUUUUGACUGAUCGCAGCUGGCACUACUGGGUGCCGCAGGCUCGAGACAUUCCACAGGAUUUCCGCAUAUAUUUCCGAAAAAAGUCCUUUAGCAUUGACUAUUUACUGGGAUCCAAAGCAACGGGAGAGCCAGCCACUUGCAUGGGUGUGGUGAUUCCAAUAACUAUGAGGGAAGCCAUCGUCGAAGCCAGGAAGGAGUCCGGACUACCAUCCAACAAGUGGUUUGCGAUCGAUGGACCUUAUACAGUGGAAAAGAUAUGCUCAUCGUGCGCUACCAAAACAGAAGAUUUCAAAUUUUAUUAGUUUAUAAAACUUUUAACGAUUAAAAAAAUAUUUCUGUG